GAUGGGCCUUUCCUAUAUAUAUAUAUAUAUAUAUAUAUAUAAUGUUCUAGAUCUAAAAAUUCUUGUUUUUUAAUUCACCAAUCUGUCUUUUUAAAAAAGAAAAUGGCUGCGCCCUUGAUACGAACCCAUUACAAACAGAUCAUAUCCUUUAUUAAAGCAGGUCUGCAUUAUCCCUGUGGCUCACCAAAAUAUCUGCAUCUCUCAUCAUGUCUUCAAAAAAUAAGAUCACCUGAUGUUUGCUUGUCCCCAGAUAACUCUAUUAUAAUGUGUUGGCACCCAGAAUCUGAACAUCCUUAUGAACACACAUUACCUCUUAUUCGGGAUAAAACAGAAGUUGAGAAUACUGACUCAGUACUAAAGGUCCAGCAUCUGAUAGAUGAGAAAUUAAAAAACAGACCAGAUGGGCCAACAGUCAAUGAACUCUCUGAGUUGUUCUGUACAACGAAACAUCAAUUUUAUAGACGAAAGCGCCAUGAAAAAAAGACAGAGAUGAUAAAAUACAACCCAAAAGAUAGAGAAGGUUUUUAAUAAAAAAAAAUACUAAAUAAAAAUUGCAUUUCUUACUUUUUUUUUAAUACAUUGGGGAAGGGAGACAAUAAGUUAAUGUAUAUCAAUGUUAUAUUUAUAUUAAGGGAAAAACACAUUUUAACCUACUGGCCUGCUUUCAGCAUAUUAGGUCAUUUCUUCAUAAUCUUAAGGUACACUAUUCAACAUAUGUUUACAGUAUACUAGGUUAUUUAUCUGUGAUAUUAUGGUACACUGUCUCAAGAAAAAAACUAAUUUCAACAAUAUGUUUUCAACAUACUAGGUCAUUUAUCCGUACUAUUAUAAGAACACUAUCCUAAGAAAAUAUCAAAAUGUUAACUUUUGCUUUUAGUGUGCUAGGUCAUUUCUCCAUAAUCUUAAGUAAAACUAUCUAAAGAGAAAGUGUUUAACAUAUGUGCUCUAUAGACUAUGUCAUUUCUCCUGUAUUUACUUGUCUUAGAAAUUAUAGACGUUUCUUGAAAAGAGAAGAUAGUGACAUCUGACAUGCAUUCAUGUAGUGCAUGUUAGAGACUUAAACUCUGCUAAGUUAUUGGUUUUCCUGUCUAAUGGCACCAGAGAAGAAGAAGCACUUCUAUGUAUUUAUCCUAGCAAAAGGAAUAAGAAAUCUGACCAAAUAAAAAUAGAUUUAAGUCCUAAAUAGAUGAUUUGCAAAAAUAAAGGACAUCUGAUUUUUGGUUCAAUUUGUGAUUUUCCAUUUUACUUCUUAAUGAAGGCUUCAAACUUUAUUUGAAAUCUGUAUUAUACUUUUGUAGACCAAGAACUAUUAUUUCCCCCCUCUCCUCAAAUAAAUUUUGUUUCUUCCUUAACAUUUAAUAAACUGACCAAAUAAAAAUAGAUUUAAGUCCUAAAUAGAUGAUUUGCAAAAAUAAAGGACAUCUGAUUUUUGGUUCAAUUUGUGAUUUUCCAUUUUACUUCUUAAUGAAGGCUUCAAACUUUAUUUGAAAUCUGUAUUAUACUUUUGUAGACCAAGAACUAUUAUUUCCCCCCUCUCCUCAAAUAAAUUUUGUUUCUUCCUUAACAUUUAAUAAUAUAUUGAAAAUGUUGACCACUUAUUGAGAAAUUUAAAAGGAUUUGAUAUUGAAACAAAUGUUCUUAUUCAAAUAUUGACUUACAUAUUUUAGUUUUAUAUAAAAAAUACUGUUAUGGUAUUAACCUAAAUGAAUAUUUUUGUUUCAAGUAGUUAAAAGAGUAGCUAGCAUGCAGAAAAUUAGUCAUGAUUCUUUCAUUAGAUUUCUAGCUUUCAUGUAAAAAAAAAAGUUACCCCAGCCCCUCCCCCAAAUUUUUACUAAGGGUCAUGACUGCUUCUGUAACAAUUACAGUAAUGCACUGUUCAUAAAUUCAAACACAAAAAAACAAACAAAAAGCGGCAUCACUUGAAACAUUUUUAUUUUUUUGUACUUCUCAUCAAUUUGGAAUACAGGAGCAUUUAAAUUAGCUUUUUUUUUUUAAUUUAAAUUUUUCUGCAGUAGACAAUACCAGUCUAGCAUCUUAUGACACUUAAAACAUGAAAGUAAGCAUCCAAUCAUAGAAUGACUCAUUAAAACAAAAUAUGUACACAACAAACAAUGUCUUCUAUUUUAGUGUGUUAUAACAGUGGGACUAAUGUUGCUUAACUCUUGUCUUGCUGUCAAGCAGCACUAGAGUGAACAAAUCAAAUAGCUGCUAAAUAUUGAGCCAAUAGAAUAGCUAUUUACACAGAAUAAAGGAUUUAAUUUCAAUAACUAAGAUGACUUCUCUCAUCAUAUUCUUGAUUGAAAAAUCAAUGUACAAAGGCCACCCUACAACUCCAUUUAAAUAUAGUUCAGCUUUGAAAACAAGAAAAAGAACAUUACAUUCCAACCAUUGCAAAAUGAAACUCACUUGUACCAAACAGCUGGGUUCAUUAGUGCCAAUAGGAUUCAAGAGUAGGUUGGACUAAUGAUUUACAUGCUGUAAAGACACUACUUUAAACCACUUUGUAUGUACAAACUCUAUUCAGUAGACAAAUGUACAUAACAUCACACAGUAAAAUGUUUGCCACAAGAAUUCAUUUAAAACUUUUAAAAAUUAUUUUCAAACAUUGUAUAUACACUUUCUAUUAAUCAUACAUUCCAUAUUACUUAAAUAUAUAUUAUACAUACACCUAAUGACUUAUGCUAGGCAUUACCAAAAUAAAAAUAAGUAAGAAAAAGAACUCUAACCCAAGCACUAAGAUCAAAAUAGACUAACAUGUCUUGUGAAAGUUUUUAAUUAACUUCUUUUGUAACAAAAAAUAUCUUCUACCAUUGAGAAUGUAAAUUAUAUAGAGAAAAAAAAAGAGGGAUACAUUUUAUUUUCUAUUGAUGUUGACAGCUUUGUGUAGCAAUAAAAUUGUUAAGAAUCAAUUUCAAGAUUGAUUCAUAAAAAAAAAUUUGAAGAAUGUUUUUCCAAAACUUGAUUUUUUUUGUAAAGUUUUAGAUUACUUUUUUUUUUUAAAUGGAAAACCAUUCAUCUUAUUUCAGAUGAAAUUACUACACCAUCUAACAGCAAUCAUUUUGGUCCAUUUGAAUGAAAUUAACAAGUACUCAUAUAUAAAAUUUAAAAACUUUUUAAACUAAUGCAACUUGUACUAGAUUCAAUGAUACAAGAUUAUGAAGAUGUUCUUAUCAUCCAUGAAAGAAAAAGUUUUUGAGAAAGUGUUUUAAAAUCCUGUUCAUUAACUUUUAAUAGACAACAGGCACUUUAUAGACAUAUAUAUAUAUGUAUACAUUAAAAUAUAAAAAAAAUUAUAUAUCAAUAUUUUUGUUGAAACAAUUCACUUUUUACUAAAGUGGUAAUUAGAAUGUUGUUGGUCUACAGUGAUAAGAAGUCAGAUAUUAGAACAGUAGAUCAUGACUUCUACUCAUGACUGUUGAAACAUUUCACUUUGAUGAAAGUAGUAAUAAAAAUGUUGUUAGUCUACAGUAAUAAGAAGUCAAAUAUUAAAAUAGUAGAUCAUGAUAGCUAAUGGUUCUCUUUGUGAUUUCUCAUUGUCCUUUUUUGUC